UUACCUCCUCACACUGUCAGCUGUAGCUGUGACUAAAUGCAUGGUGUCCUGGCAUAGCUGACCUCAAGGUGGCUCACGUUAACUCUCUGUAUGCUGCACAUUUGAAGGACUUUUUUGUAUUGUGUCCACUUCAUGGCCAAAGACGAUCCUGCGGUUUUCCUGAUUUCUGGAUCCGCGUUGGAGACUCUGUUCUGCGCGGAGGAGCCAUCCGUCUUCCUGCCUCUGUGAACCCGGAAGAGCAACGCCCCCUUGUGACAAGCAUCCAGCAUGACAGGGGUUUGUGGUUGUUGCGGGGCGCUCAGGCCCCGGUACAAGAGACUGGUAGACAACAUCUUCCCAGAAGACCCAGAGGAUGGGCUGGUGAAGGCCAACAUGGAGAAGCUGACAUUCUACGCCCUGUCAGCUCCAGAGAAGCUCGACCGUAUCGGAGCUUACCUGUCUGAGAGAUUGUCAAGGGAUGUGGCCCGACACAGAUACGGGUAUGUAUGCAUAGCCAUGGAAGCCCUGGACCAGCUGCUGAUGGCCUGCCACUGUCAGAGCAUCAACCUGUUUGUGGAGAGUUUCCUCAAGAUGGUGCGCAAGCUGCUUGAGUCUGACAAACCCAGCCUGCAGAUCCUCGGAACCAACUCUUUUGUGAAGUUUGCCAACAUAGAGGAGGACACACCAUCGUACCACCGCAGCUAUGACUUCUUUGUGUCCCGCUUCAGUGAGAUGUGCCACUCUAGCUUCGAGGACCCUGAUAUCCGCACGAAGAUCCGCAUGGCAGGUAUCAAGGGCCUGCAGGGUGUGGUGAGGAAGACUGUCAACGAUGAGCUGCAGGCCAACAUCUGGGACCCUCAGCACAUGGACAAGAUCGUCCCCUCUCUGCUUUUCAACCUGCAGAGUGGAGAGCGCACAGAGAGCCGCUCCCCCUCUCCGCUGCAGGCGUCGGAGAAGGAGAAGGAAAGCCCGGUGGAGCUGACGGAGCGCUGCUUCAGAGAGCUGCUGGGACGAGCCGCCUAUGGCAACAUCAAGAACGCCGUCACGCCCGUGUUGAUGCACUUAGAUAACCACUCUCUAUGGGAGGGAAAAACCUUUGCAGUGCGUUGCUUCAAAAUCAUCAUGUACUCCAUCCAGUCGCAGCACUCUCACUUGGUAAUCCAGCAGCUCCUCGGUCACCUGGAUGCUAACAGCAAGAAUUCAGCCACAGUGCGAGCUGGGAUAGUGGAAGUUUUACUGGAGGCAGCCGCAAUUGCUGCCAGCGGCUCUGUAGGCCCCACCGUGUUGGAGGUGUUUAACACCCUGCUGCGGCAGCUCCGUCUGAGUGUGGACUACGAGUUGACCGGCUCCUACGACGGCAACAUCGGCACAAAGAUCAUCAAAGCUCAUGAGGAGAGGCAGCUGCAGGAGGCUGUCAUCAGGACCAUUGGUUCAUUUGCGAUCACUCUACCAACAUACCAGAGGUCAGAGGUCAUGCUGUUCAUCAUGGGCAAGAUCCCCGUCCCUGGGAUUCACCCAGCUCUGCCCUCCUCAGGCUCUGGGCCUGAAGGUACCAGGAUGAUUCAAGUUAUGUUACUUAAGUCUUUGGUCCAGGUGACGGCCGGUUUCCAAACCACCAACAUGCUGACAGCACUCCCCACUUCUUUCCUGGAGCCGCUGCUGUCCUUCACUCUAACGGAGGAUCCGGAGAUUCGGCUGCUGGUGCUCCAGAUCCUCCUCAGUCUCAUCGACAGGCACGACAACACGGCCAAGUUCUCCGACAUAAGCAUCAUCUCCGACAUCUCUGUGCUCAAACUCAAAGUUGACAAGUGCUCCAGGCAGGAUAACUUAUUCAUGAAAAAGCACGGCCAGCAGCUGUACCGACACAUCUACUUGGGCUGUAAGGAGCCGAGCAGCGGCCGGCAGCACUACCAGUCCCUCUUCGCCCUGUUGGGGCUUCUCAGCGUGGAGCUGGCUAACGAAGAGGUGGUGGUGGACCUCAUUCGCCUGGCAAUUGCCUUGCAGGACCUGGCUCUGUCCACCGACGAGGCUCUGCCCGUUUAUAACCGCUGUGCUGUUCAUGCCAUCGCCGCCGCCUACCUCAACCUCAUCUGCCAGCUCACCACCGUCCCAGCCUUCUGCCAGCACAUACACGAGGUAAUUGAGGUGAGACAGAAAGAAAGUCCCUACCUUUUGCCUGAGGAUGUGUUCAUUGAAAAUCCCAAGCUUCCUUCUUCACUGGAGAAGGUAGAAGGGGAUGUUUUGUUCCUCCAGUCAAAGAUCACUGAGGUCCUCGGAGGAAGUGGUUAUAACACAGAUAGACUGGCUACGCCUUACAUCCCUCAGUAUACUGAUGAGGACCGUCUGUCCAAGAGAAAGAGCAUCGGGGAGACAAUCUCACUGCAGGUGGAGGUGGAGUCCAGAAACAGUCCAGAGAAAGAGGAGAGGACUCCAGCAGAGGAGAUCACUUUUGAGACCCUGAAAAAUGCCAUUGUGGACAGUGUGGGUAUGGAGGAGCAGGAGAGGGAGCGGAGGAGACAAGUGGUGGAGAAGUUUCAGAAGGCCCCCUUCGAGGAGAUCGCUGCACACUGUGGUGCAAGGGCCACACUACUGCAGAGCAAACUAAAUCAGAUCUUUGAGAUCACAAUCAGACCCCCGCCCAGCCCAUCUGGAACCAUUUCCUCAGGAUAUGGCCAGAGCCAGAGUCGAUCCGUACCCAUCUACGAGAUGAAGUUUCCUGACCUCUGUGUGUACUAGACCAGAGAGCAAAGUUACAGAACUAUUUCACAUUUUGAGGACAAGAAAGGGAUUUGGCAGGGGCAACCGAUCCUCACUGUUAAGGCGUCUUGAUCAUGGAAUCAAACAACCACAGGGGAUGUGGAGAAAACCAUAGUUGUUUGAAGACAGACUCAAGAACAAGCCACUUCUUUAUCAACAUAGUAGUGUGAGGUUAUUUUUGUCCUGUGAUCGCAGCCAAAACGAGCCUGCUAAAGUCAAUAAAUGCAGCGGUAAAAACAAAACUUUUAUUUCACUCAUUCCCCUCAGUUCUCCUUAGAUGUCUGUAGAAACUCCACUGGUUGGAAUUUUUCAAUUUAGAAAUUGGCAAGAACUGUGAGGGAAAAUCUGAAAGUAGUUUCUGUGGCUUGAGAGUGAACCGACUUGUUGCAUGCCCAUGUAACUUCACAUUUUUUGAUAGCACUGCAAUUAUUGGACAUUCUUUUGACCCGUUUGUCCUUUACAGGGUGCCAUACUAUCCUCCAAAAUUAGAUUUGCCGAUAUCAAUAUUUUAUACUUACGUUUUCUUUUAUUUUCUUUCUUUCUAUUGAUUUUAUGACCAGGAAGAGCUUAUGGGAAUUAGAUGCAUUUUAAUUUACCUGACAGUGUUUUUUUGUGUUUGUUUUAAUGAAAUAUGGAUAGAUAUAUACAAAUAUGAAGCUAAUCCUUCCUAUAUCCCAUGUUACACAUCUGUGUUCAGUGUUAAAUGCUCUACGGUUUUUUGGUUUUGCCUUUUUUAGUGUUUAGCCAAAAGUGCUUUUUCUUUCGAGACGGGCAUUUAUUUCUUGCACCUAGUUUUUUUUUUCUUCUUCUUUUUCUUAUUUAUUCUAGCCGUGGUUUAAAUGAAAGAAAACUGUCAAUCUGUGUGCUAUCCUCCCAAAGUGAGUGUGCCUUACAGGUGACUCAAAAAUAAAACGUACACAAGAACCCACACACUGCGCCACAGUCAUGACCACACUAAACUUCUGAAGUGUUUACUGUGAUGUUUACCUGAUCAAACACUAAAAGAUAAUCAUGGAUCCUUUAUUUUUCCUCUUUCCAUAUAAAUGUGUAUAUACAGAGAAAUAUAUAAAUCUUUAAGCUGAUGUACAGAGUAGGGAGGUUUUUGUGUGUGUGUGUGUGUAUACAUAUUGUAUAUUGAUUCUAAUUUUAGACUGCCACUGCACUGAUUGUGUCCGUAAAUAAGGAAGAGAGCUACUUAGUUAGUAUUCAAUUACGUUUGUUAAAAUCUCACCUAGAUAACCAGCAACACAUGAAAUCAAAAAGGUGUAUCGACAAGGGUCUGAACAGCCCAAAGUAGAAAUCUACAUCAUCUCCAAAUCACAAGAUAACACUAAUGAAGUCUCAAAAUGUCCUGCUAAAGAAUCAAUGAACCUGAAAUAUUCAACUCCAUUAUUAGCCACAGAUGUCGGGCCAAGUUAUAGCUGCAGAAUCAAGACCUGUAUUGUUGUCAUUACAUUUUAAAUCCUGCUGGAAUAAGUUUGCACUCUUGUUUUUUUUUUUUUUUUUUUUUUUUUUUUUACGCCAUACAGCUGCUGCAGCCUCUCACCAGUGCACCUGUCUCAUUCAGCAAGAUUUAAACAAGUCUAAAAGCCAUUUUGUGUGCAUGUGUGCACCUAUACACACAGGUCUGAAAAAACAAAGUAUAAUGGCAAUAAAUUGCCACUAGCCAGGCUAACACAGCUCAACUUUUGGUAGCAGAUCCUUUUGUGUUUUUAAAUUGUGCACUCUAGUUGUGGUGCUGUGAUGGUCAGUUUUGUGAUGUUGUUAGAGACCGACCCCCCCGAUCCUGCGCUUCUGUGAACUAACUGCAUCGGACGUGAAACGCGUUGCAGCCAACCUUGUUCAAUGUAAAUGGCAGUGUCUGGUUUGUCCCUGAUUGUCAUGUGUCACAGUCCAGUUGGUUGUUUAUUUUCAUUUUUUUUUUUUAACAUUGUAGUGUCUUCUUUAUCUUUUAUCCAUGUCCACACAUGCCGGCGUAUCAGUUCACGAUUGUGUGUAUGUGUACUUUCUCAUGCGUCUAUACGAACAUUCAUGCAGAUGUGCGUCUUUAUCGUCAUAAUCCAAGACCAAACUUUUCAAACACGGUUUACAGUCUUUGUCCAGUGACUCUUUCCAUCACCUUAACAAAGAACAAGCUAUCUUUAGUACAACGUGCAGCUGUCGAAACCUUCCAGUUACAUCUUGUAAAAUUGUCUCUUCAGCAACUUGCAACUUUGCGGUGAAGACCUGUAAAUCUACCAGUGUGCUUGUUGUCAUUGCAUAGUGUAAUGUAAUAUUAACUGACGGUAACUCAAUCUUACUUUUGUCAUUACAUGUCUGGUUAAUAGAUCUGUUUACAAUGUAGUGCCGUAGGUCAAAUCUAUUCAUUCUGUGAACUUUGCACUUUAAAAACUGGAUUACCUAGUGACAAAGGCAGCUUUUACAUGGAGAAAAUGCCUUAUGAGUGUCAUACCUGACUUUGCAUGCUAGUGUUGUUGCUGUGUUGUGCAAUAAAUGUGUCCGUAUCCAGAAAAUAUCUGAUCUGUUUCUGAUUUUUUUUGUUUAUGGUGAAAGGGAAAGCCUGUUGUUGUUAUUUUUAAAGGUGAUCUGCUUGAGACACAGGAAUCUGCAGAGUAUCAACAUGCAGCGUAUGAAAAUAAUCUUUUGACUGCAAAACACAGAUGACUUGUUAACGUUGAGUGCUCAGUCAGUUGCAGUGUUCAACACAGAGUUAAGCAAUUGCAAAGUUUCUUUAUCUGUGCUUGUAGUGUUAUUCUUUAACUUGCCUGUAAUGGACUGUUUUUGUUUCUGUUACACUACUUGCAUCAGUGCCUGUAUUGUGUGUUUGCCAUUCCCAUGCCGGUCAUCUGCUUGGGUGGUUUAUCAGAAUUAAAUUCAACGUGUAUUUUAGUGGCGUCUUUUCUCCU